AUGAACACUCAGCAAACAACAAUGACUGCUGUCCUAAAUGGAUCAAUUGUACGACCACCAGGGUUUUACAUAAUAGGCUUUUCUUCUUUGCCAAAUGUUAAUUACUAUUUGAUUUUCUUAGGUAUUGUUUAUAUUGUAACAGUGUUAGCAAACAUUUUACUUAUCACAGUUAUUUGGGCAGAGAGAUGUCUUCAUACUCCAAAGUAUAUUGCUGUUGUCAACUUAGCUGUAAUUGACGUGUGUUACAGUUCUUCAAUGAUACCUAAAAUGAUUGACAUAUUCCUUAUGAAUUCCCAUUUUAUGCCAUAUAAUAUUUGCUUGACACAAAUGUUCUUUGUGUUUACUUUUUCCUCACUGGAAUCUAUUUCCCUCAGUAUACUUGCAUAUGACAGGUUAGUAGCUAUAUGCUUUCCUCUAAGACAACAUGCCAUCAAUACAAAUAGCAGAAUGUUGAUAAUCAUAGCAACAGCCUGGGUAGUGAUUGUCUCACUGACAGGAUUUUCAGUUGUUAUAAUGAACCAACUGUCUUUCUGUAAAUCAAUAACUAUUUACAGUUAUUUCUGUGAUUACGCACCUGUGUUUCGGUUAGCCUGUAAUGACUAUUCUCUGCACUGGCUCACAGCAGUUACUUUUAGCAUGGUUCUGAUAUUUGGCCCAUUGUCUUUUAUUAUUGUGUCAUAUGUGUGUAUAAUAAGAGCUAUGUUAAAAAUAAAAUCUGUCGACGGCCGGUUCAAGGCGUUUAAAACCUGCACAGAACAUUUAACCUUGGUGACAAUAUUUUAUUUGCCAACAUUAAUACUUUACAUUUUAGGAUUCUUUAUUUUUGCUGUGGAGGUGGAUACCAGAAUGCUUAACCUUUCACUGUCGGCCUGCAUCCCACCACUUCUAAACCCCAUUGUUUACACACUGAAAACCAAGGAAAUUAUGAACAGAAUACAUAUUCUGCUUAAGAUGGUUAAAAUUAGUCCAAAACCCUGA